AUGCCUCUCUACAACAAGCGUCCAUGGGAAAAGAUUUCGCCACCAAAGGGAUUGGCACCCGACAUCAAAGUCUACUACUGCGAGGCCACAGAUGAAAUCUUCACAUCAUAUGAUGAAUUCUUCGACCGCUUGAUGGAGUUGAAUUCAACGGUGUGGUCAUGCGAGUACACCAACAAGUCAAAUCUCACAUUUUUCGAGGCGCUCGAGUCGGAACAAGAUGCUAUGAAACAACUCGGCCAGUUCCCACAAUACCUCGAGAUUCCAAUUUUGUGGCUUGUCCAGGAGCUGACUUGCAGGGGCCGAUUUGAAGAUCUUCUCAACGAUGUGUACAAUUUUUUGAAAGACAGAUAUUUUAUCGGUGAAGAGGUGACAUUGAGUGAAGGAAAGAAGCCGGCUACUGUUAUUGGCAUCACCGUGGAUACAAACAAUUACAAGGAGCCCGCUGAAAAGCUAAAGGACAUGCACGCGCCGUCUCCAGAAGCCUACAGUUACACCCUUCGGAUACAUGGAGUAGAGGGAGAAAAUCGAGAGAAAACUGGAGUUCAAUACAUGAAUAUAUACCGCAACAAACGGGUGCUGGGUCGACAAAACUUGAAGCUCUUCUUGAAGAAUAAAUGCUCUGUGCGAAAUCAAGAAGGAGAGCGAUAUGUUGUUUUGGAUAAAUACUUGAACCGGCACGGCAUAUCUGAGCGCAAGUGGGCAGAUUUGUUUGCUGGACCGUUGCCCGUUUUUCCAAAAACAACAGUUCUUCUUCGUGGACGCGCAUCGCUGAAGAAAGAUGAAGCACAUGCCGACGACGAUGCCAGUGAAAAGGGUGAUAAACCGGAGAAAUCAAAAACUCCAAAAGCCUCAAGACAUUCGAAGAAGACACCAAAGGCUGAGAAGUCUGAACAAAGCAGCCCCUCAAAGAAACCGUUGUCAGAGAAGAAAAAGGUUCAGAUUAAGCAACAACAAGCCGAGCUACACAUCACAUUUGAGAAAGCCAAACGAGCGGGAGUUGAAAAUUUGGAGAAAUGGCAACAAACCGAGAAGUUCCUUUCGAAGAGGAAUAUUGACGAGUUGAACGAGGCGAUCAAGGAAGCACGGAAACGGGAGCAAGAGAAACACCGCAAGAAGAAGGAGGCACUACAGAGCUGGGCCCGCAAACGAGACGAUCUUGAGUGUGAUGAUUUGAAGCCAAUGCCUAAUUUGCCCCAAAUCCCACUUCCGGAAUGGCUCUCCGAUAAGAUGUUUGGAAAAAUGCUUGACGUACUCCAGUUCUUUGCCUCGUUUGCCGAAUUCUUGCCAAUCAAGGAGAAGAAAAGCACAACACGAGUCACUCUUUCGGAUGUGGUGGUUGCUUUGCGAUGUCGAGAUCCACGAAACUCUACAUUCUCAAUUCUGAUGGAAAUUUUACUGAAGGCACGUGCUGAGAUUUGCGACGAAGAAGAAGGAGAUGAAGUGGAUUUUUCACGAAGGGAUGAGGUGGUGAUGGAGAUGAAUCCCGAUUAUGAGCAUCCUGAGCACGGUGCCGAGUUGAAAACGAUGACCCGUUUGCACGAGGAAAUACGAUACACUCUUGGCUCUUCUGUUCGCAAUUUGUACACUGAUUGGUUGUCGAUAACGGAAGUGCUGCGACUGCUAUUCUUGACGAGCGGCUAUGUGACGCGCUCCGGGAAACAUAGACAUAGGCUCUUUCAACGAGGAUCGAUCCGCUUUUAUGAAGACCCGGCCUACAUGUACCGAAUAGAACAUCCAGAUGUGAUAAGGAAACUUGAAGUGAGUACCGUGUUUGAUUUGGAGCCCGAGGAGAGAUUGGAUCUACUUCAUGUCAUCAUUCAACAACUUUUGACUUACGCGAAGAUUAGAAACCAUGCCACUGAACGCGUUGAGGAGAUUUGCACCCAACGAAUCGAGCUGAGGAAGUUGAAGAACUGGGACACUAAGCAAGAAGCGGAAGCAAAAGAUGCUCGCUUGUUGAGAGAAAUGGAGGCUGAGGGUAACGAAGUGAACAUUCCGAAGACUUCAAAAGACUCGAUGAAACUGAAAGCAAUGCUCAAAGCAGCACAAGAGGGACGAAGACACGACAAAGAAGAAUUGCGCAAAAUUCUACUAGCUGGCAUUGCAUGGCUCGAAUUUGAUCUUGGUGAAAUUUGCUUCGCGAGAGAGCUCCAGAAAACACUUGUGCAAGAAGCGAUUGAGGAUAUGCGAGCCGACAUCUUUGAAGUUUCAAGUCUGUUCGGCCCGUGCUCUCUUGGAAGAGAUCGUGCUUUUAGAAAUUACUUUGUUUGUGAUCAGAUACCGAUCUUGUUGGUUGAGAAUCCUGGUAGAGGAGAUCGAAUUGGCAGCUGUCAAGCAGAAGCAACUCCGUGCAAAAAUAUGGGCGAGCAUUUGGCAGAAGACGAUUGGCGUCAAGAGGUCUUUGCUUGUACGGCAAAAAUGGAAAAUUGUCCAGUCCAUGGAUUGAAAGCCCAACAACGACCAAAAUGGACCUAUGUUCAAUCACUGGAGCAAUUGGAAGAAGUGUUGAGUGCUUGCAAUCCUCGUGGUUUUCGAGAAAUUGCUUUGGUCGAAGAGAUCAACUACUUGAAGCCUCAAUUGCAUGAACUGGUUGAGAAAACGAACAAUAAGGCUAAUAACGGACAACUUUCUCAAUCUUUUAUGGAAAUGGCAGAGGAUCCAGCAAAACAAGAAAACUCGAUUAAAUGGCUCGAUGUGGUGAUCGAUAUGAUUUUGGAGCUGGAAGAAAAGAUGACAGAAGGCUUUCUUGGUCGACUCCCCAGCUACAUCAACAGAGAGGAGUGGCGAAAAAGUCUUGACGAAACCGGCGACAUCACAUCGAUGCUACAAGAUGACGUUGUUUGUGAAAUCAAGGAACGAGAAGUGCUUCACUCAAGAGAAAACUUUGAAUCGUUGACUGAUAUUCAAAAGGUUGGAAUCGCUUUUCUGCAAGUCGUCCAAGCGAUCAAUGCCAAAUACAUUAAGAAGCCGUUCACAAGGAUAGCUCCGGGCAGCGUCAUCGAGCCCACUUGGACAUUGAUUCACUGGAUGCGCUCUGUUGUUGACUGCAAAUCGGUGCCUUCUCUAGCUCUUCACCUCUUCUCAAUCGAGUCAGCCAUUCAAUGGGAAAAAAGUAAAUUGCUGGCAAAGUGUCGCGUUUGUAGAAAGAAGGGAACACCGGAGGACCUUGUCGUUUGCUUUGAGUGUGAUAAAUGUUACCAUUUGGACUGUGCUCGACCAAGGCUGAAAGAAGUUGUCAAUCCCUAUUCGUGCCAAGAUUGCCGAGUUGAAGAAGAGGUGCAACCCGAAGAAAAUUCUGCUGAGAAAAACAAAACAAAUGGGCAUGCUAACGGUCACGUAAGCGAUGAUGAAAUGGAUGGGAAUGACGAGAAUGAAGCAAGUCAAUCGUCAAACGAAAACAGUUUGUCGGUGGUGCGUACUUCGUCAGGCAGAAAAGUCAAACGAGCAGAGUACAACAUCGAGCGGUUAUCAUCAUUGGCACCACCAAAGAAAAAGAUUGCUCGGCAGGAUAGUAACGCGGACUCAAGUGUAACAAAUGGGUCGGGCAAUCAGGAAGACGAUUCGAUGAAGGGAGAUGAUGAGACUGAAGACUCCCAGAGUGCUGAUGAGGAUACCUGUUCGGAGUCGGAUUAUGACGGGAGAAGAAAAAGCAAACGCCAGGUGGCUGCUCAGCGUCGAAGUACAAAGAAUACAAGUGUGAAUGAUAGCUCAAUGAUGUCGAACAGAUCGUUUGGCCUGGGGUUGAGGGACUCGGAUCCAAAUUUGAAGGAGAAGAUCAAGAAGCUGGAGGAUGUGAUCCGGUUGGCGAUGAGGGAAGAGUAUGCUUGGCCGUUCCUUGAGCCAGUUGAUCCAAAAGAGGUUCCCGAUUAUCGUGAUGUGAUCAAGAAACCAAUGGAUCUUCGAACAAUCAUCAACAAGCUAAAAAAUCACGACUACGACUCGGCUGAGCAGAUCAAAGAUGAUGCUCUCUUGGUCGUCAUGAAUUGCAAGAAGUAUAAUUUGGAGGACAGUGAGAUUUAUGAUUGUGCUGUGCAACUAGAGGAAUUCUGGGGCAAGCACCUUCAACCGAUCUUCCACGACAAUUCCGGCCGACGGCGUUCUUGGCGAUUGAUUGCGACAGCGAGCACAUCGAUCACACUACCGAGGAUAACAUCGACGUUAAGACUCCGCUUCCGAUUAAACACCAUCAACGAUUCAACGUCACUCCGAUGCUCGGCGAGAAGUCUAUCAUCGAAUGCUCCGAAAAAAGAUCGACUCGUACAUUUCGUGUGCGAUGAUCAAACGUUCACCGGAAAAGCAAAGCUCGGGGAUUCGUUACUAGAUGUUAUAGUCGAUAACGAUCUUCCACUUGACGGAUAUGGAGCUUGCGAAGGAACUCUCGCUUGUUGUACAUGCCACGUCAUAUUGAGUAAAGAACAUUUCGACAGAGUUGAUAAGACAAACCCGGCCGGCGAAGAGGAACUGGAUAUGCUCGAUUUGGCGCCUGAAUUGAGCGAUUAUUCACGAUUGGGAUGUCAAAUACGAGUCGAGAAAGAGGAUGGGCCCGAGAUCACCGUCACCGUUCCAACUGUGCGCCGAGAUGCUCGACAAGAU